AUGAGUAGUGAACUUUCCAUAACUCAAGAUCCAACAGGAUUUAGUAAAUCAUUCACCACGAAAUUUCUAAAUGAUCCAAAUACAGAAUUCUUCUUUCAUAAAAUAGAAUUAGCUGAUAAACAAAUAAUAUCAAUUCAUACCAAUGGUAUAAUAGAUACAACAUUUGAAAUCCCAAUGUCAACAAAAGCAACCAUAAACUAUGCUUCAUCGAUGGAAUUAGAUGGUGAAACAGUAGGUAUUCCUGAACCUGUGCUUUUGGUUGGAGAUCAUGCAAAUAUGAAAAUUCAAGUCGUGGCUUCCCAGAUUGCAAAAUUAAUUGCAUUACAACAUCCAAAGAGUACAGUUUUGUCAAUUGGAUCAAGAUGGUUUGGGAGAGGUGAUGAAGUAGAAGAGAGUGAUUUUGAAAAGUGUUUGUUUGUCAUUGAAAAUGUAAAGAAACUUUUUCAAAUAUGA